AUGUCGACGAGACCUCCUUCAAGGGUCGUGUUUGUGGGAAACAUCCCGUACGGCCUCUCUGAGGAGCAAAUCACAGACAUUUUCAGCAGCGCUGGAAAAGUAGAGCGCUUCCGCCUCGUCUACGACUCGGAAACUGGGCGGCCAAAAGGAUUCGGAUUUGCAGACUAUCCCGAUACUGACUCUGCUUCCUCAGCUGUCCGCAACCUGAACGAAUAUGAAAUCAUGGGCCGAAAGCUUCGAGUCGACUUUUCCAACGAACAAAAGAGCACCGAUGAUGAUGGCCAAAAUACCGGUGCCUCGAAUAGCGGCGCUGCUUCGGGAUACAACACUCAAUCAACACCCCUUCCUCCACUCCCGGCUGGAAAAGAGAUACCACCAGGCUUGACUUGCACUGAUGCCAUCUCAAGAACACUCAAUACCUUGCCGCCACCCCAGCUACUAGACAUCCUAAGUCAGAUGAAGACGUUGGCCACAUCAGAGCCUCAGCGAGCGACAGAACUUCUCCAGCAAGCCCCUCAGCUGGCCUACGCCGUCUUCCAGUCACUGCUUUUGAUGGGCCUCGUGUCUCCCGAGGCCAUCCAGUCUGUGGUUGACCCGAACGCGCCACCUCCACCGGCCAACUACUCAUCGGCACCCAUUGCUGGAUAUCCUGGCAUCCCUGUCGCGAACCACACGCCACCGGUUACCGCAAUGCCGUACGCACCUCCUGCGGCAAACAACGCGGGUUAUGCUCCUCCAGCGGCGGCACCACCUGCAGCAGCUCCUCCAGCCAUGGGCCAAGACCCGGAUGCUCUGAUGCGGGCCGUCAUGGAGCUCCCCCAGGCUCAGAUUGACAUGCUUCCAGAGGCUGAUAGGCAGCAAAUUAUGGCUCUCAGGGCCACGUUUGCUGGCCAGCGGCGCUAACCAUACUAAAUAUUAAUGACCAACUUUUGUCAAAUUAUGCAUCGAGCACCACGAGCACAAAGCAUUCGCGCUGAACCAAAACUUCAUCACUGUCGAUGAAUGCAUUGGUUACAGAAAUAUGCGAGCGUCGGGGACCCUUUAUGGACAUGCAAGCUCUGCAUGUAACGAUAGUUCUCACUAGCGAAGACGACUAAGACCAGACGGCAUUGUUCUCUUUAUAAAAGAUACC